GAGGAGAGAAAGGUCGGAAGGGAGCAGGGAGAGACGACUCAGAAAGUGGAAUCUGUCACAAGCAGCCUAGAAGAGGAGAAGAAAAAACCUGAAUCCUUAUAUCUACACCCCAGAUGCAACGCAAGCAACGACUACAUCACACUAAAAUAGAUUUUGUGAGGGCCAAAAGUAUAAAUUAUGAAGCAGAAAUGAAUAUCAAACAACUUCUAGCGGUUUGCACCUAGAGAAAGACAAGAGGAACCCACUACAAACCAACCAACCCAGUCAAAACAACGCCUCCAGUAGGAAAAGAGGAAAACUGCGACAACAGGACCCCCUAAGAAGAGACACGACCAACACGUUGAGACUGUGGGGAGUCCGCGAACAUCCCCGAGUGUGCCAAGGACUGAGUUGCACUACGUGGCUCUCUGGACAUUAAUUACAUCCUUCACCUACCAUUUGGGGGAGGGUGAGGAAGAAGGCACUCACUCACCUACACUGAAGACGUCCUGCCAGCCUGGGAAAGAAGUUUAAGAAUGAACCACUAAAUGCUUCGCUUUUGUUUUUAAAUUUUGCUUUGGCACUUAAAAGACUUCAUUUCCAGAUUUCUGGGCAGUCUUGGCUGUGGACAUCUAAACCUAACCUCUUGGUAACCUGAAUUUUUCUCUCUUGCAUUCUCCACCCCCAUCUCUCUGUCUCUCUCCCUCUCUCUCUCUUUCUCCCCCCCAUCUUUAUUUUGCAUAUCAAGAGAAAGCAAAACAGUCCCAGGAGGUACUUUUCUUUUUCAAAAAUCACCUUUUUCUAAUUUUCUGCAGAAGAAAAGGGAUUUCGAAAGAGGGAAUAGAAAAAGCCAGCCGGCUACAGCAUAGGCCGGUCAGCCCAGGUGGAAAACAAGAGUGAAAGUGGGGCUUAACCCAGAGCACACCGCCUCUUUCGAAAGCCGCAGGGCCACCACCAGCGUGUGAGCCUUGGAUCCCUCAACGUAUUGCGAGACGCCGGUGUACAGCCCGGACCUGUGCCCAAACAUGAUUGCGGCUCAGGCCAAGCUGGUUUACCAGCUCAAUAAAUACUACACCGAGCGCUGCCAGGCGCGCAAGGCGGCCAUCGCCAAGACCAUCCGAGAGGUCUGUAAGGUGGUCUCGGACGUGCUAAAGGAAGUGGAGGUGCAGGAGCCUCGCUUCAUCAGCUCCUUGAGCGAGAUCGAUGCCCGCUACGAGGGGCUUGAGGUCAUCUCGCCCACUGAAUUCGAGGUGGUGCUCUACCUAAACCAGAUGGGCGUCUUCAACUUCGUGGACGACGGCUCGCUGCCCGGCUGCGCGGUGCUCAAAUUGAGCGAUGGGCGGAAGCGGAGCAUGUCUCUCUGGGUCGAGUUCAUCACAGCGUCGGGCUACCUCUCAGCGCGUAAGAUCCGCUCGCGUUUCCAGACGCUAGUGGCCCAGGCAGUGGACAAGUGCAGCUAUCGGGAUGUGGUCAAGAUGAUCGCGGAUACCAGUGAGGUCAAGUUGCGCAUCAGGGAGCGCUAUGUGGUGCAAAUCACUCCGGCGUUCAAGUGCACUGGGAUCUGGCCUCGCAGCGCUGCACAGUGGCCUAUGCCUCACAUCCCCUGGCCCGGCCCCAACAGGGUGGCGGAGGUCAAGGCCGAAGGGUUCAACUUGCUCUCGAAGGAGUGCUACUCGCUGACCGGCAAGCAGAGCUCCGCGGAGAGCGACGCCUGGGUGCUACAGUUCGGGGAGGCGGAGAACCGCCUGCUGAUGGGCGGCUGCCGAAACAAGUGUCUCUCCGUGCUGAAGACCCUGCGGGACCGCCACCUGGAGCUGCCCGGCCAGCCGCUCAAUAACUACCACAUGAAGACGCUGCUGCUGUACGAAUGCGAGAAACACCCGCGAGAAACGGACUGGGACGAGUCGUGCCUGGGCGACCGGCUCAAUGGCAUCCUGCUGCAGCUCAUCUCCUGCCUGCAGUGCCGCCGCUGCCCUCACUACUUUCUGCCCAACCUCGACCUCUUUCAGGGCAAGCCCCAUUCGGCCCUGGAAAGCGCUGCCAAGCAGACCUGGAGGUUGGCCAGGGAAAUACUCACCAAUCCCAAAAGCCUGGACAAACUAUAGGGUGCUGGGGACUGCUUGAAAAGCGACACAAACGGGCGUGCUCUCUCAUACACACAACACACAACUCAGCGAUACAGCAGAAACUCUAGACACAAACUUUUAUGUAAGUCACCUGAAAGAGGAAUUAGGCAGAAGACCUUCAUUAAUUAAGAAGCAAACAAAAAGAAAGCAAACCAACCAAACAAAUGACGCUCUUGCACAAAAGUGAUUUUCUUCCAAACAAUGUGAAUUUAAAGGGUCACACAAAAGAAGCAAUCGGGCUUUGCCACCACAAAAUGAAACCCAAGGUACAUUUUCAAAUCAAUGUAUAGUAGUUUCCCCCCUUUUCCUUCUCUCUUUCUCUCUCUCUCUCUCAUUUUGUUUUUGGUUGCCUGAAUGUUGUCACCAAGUGAAAAAAUUAUUUAACUAUAUGUAAAAUUUCUCUUUAAAAAAAAGUUUUACUGAUGUUAAAUGUAUCUCAGUGCCAAUGUCAGAUUGUGCCCUUCCCUUUCUUGCACCUCUACCCCUACCCUUAAGCCCUCUUGUUGAAAACAGUAAUAAAAAUAUUACUUUACAUUGUAA